UUAAAGAAAGGGCAGCUACGCAGGGCGGAUAUCGUCAAAAAAUAUCCGCCCUGUUGCAUAGGAUCAAUACUUUGGUUCUUCUCCAAGGACAGUUCCCAGUAGCCAGUACAGUUAGCUGUUAACUAACUAGCUAGCUAGCAGUGCCAAGAAAUCUGCAACAAGGAUAUUAAACGUCUGUGUACAGUCUGAGAUGCCAGGUGCUGGUCCAUGGGUGUGAGCCGACUUGAUGUAUUUUACAGAAGGCUGCUCCUCACCAAACUCUUCAUUGGGGGAUGGGGGAAGCCUGAAGACCUCAAAAGAAUCUUUGAGUUCCGUAAGAUCAUUGGAGACAGAGAGAGGUGCAGGUCCCUGGUGCCUAAGGACUAUCCAGUUUACAUAAACAAGACAGAGGAGCACGCUGACUGUAAGAUCCACGAUGGUUUCUUCAUUUCUCCUCUGGAGCAUUUGGUUCCUGGAAUCCUGCCGCCAGAGGCUGUCAAAGCCAGGUUCCAGUUUAUAGUUCCUAAGAGGUGGCAGAAGAACAGACCAGUAUGUAUCCACUUGGCAGGGACUGGAGACCAUUUUUUCUGGCGUCGUCGGACCCUGAUGGCCAGGCCCAUGGUCAAAGAGGCAGGAAUGGCUUCACUGCUUCUGGAGAAUCCGUAUUAUGGCUAUCGUAAACCCAAAGACCAACUGCGGUCCAGUCUAAAGAAUGUGUCAGACCUGUUUGUGAUGGGAGGGGCUCUGAUCCUGGAGUCAACAGUGCUUCUCCGUUGGCUGGAGAGAGAAGGUUACUGGCCACUAGGAAUGACUGGCAUCUCCAUGGGAGGAUAUAUGGCGUCCCUGGCAGUAACUAACUGGCCAAAGCCCAUCCCUCUGAUUCCCUGUUUGUCCUGGUCUACUGCCUCUAGUGUCUUCACCACGGGUGUGCUGAGUAAAGCAGUGAACUGGAGAGAGCUGGAGAAGCAGUAUGCAAUUAACUCAGUGUAUGAAGAGGAGAUCAUUAAGUUGUUGGAGUACUGUGGGGCCGACUCCUUUAAAAUGGGUCCAGAAUUUGCCAAGAAUGUGGACUCUUCAGAGAAUUUGUUUGUCCUGUCUCGAGAUGACAGAGUCUCAUUGGGUCAGAACUCCAAGCCUGGAGGGGAUGCUGAGGCUGGACGAGGCCUGCUUAUUGGUGGUGGCCUGGAAGGGGACAGUGCUAAAGUAGACCAAUUGUUCUCAUCCAUGAACAGCAGUGGAUUGAGCUUGGACACUCUAGCAAGAGGCCUUGCAAACAACACCCUGCUUGGGAAGAAGACGGAUUUUGCCAAAUGCUAUCGGCCAUCACUACAUAGAGAGUCUAUAAGCUUCAUGAAGGGAGUGAUGGACGAAUGUACACACAUGGCCAACUUCUCUGUCCCUGUAGACACCAGCCUCAUUAUUGUGGUCCAGGCCAAAGAGGAUGCCUACAUCCCUCGUACAGGGGUUCUCAGUCUGCAAGAGAUCUGGCCAGGAUGUGAAGUCAGAUACCUGAAUGGAGGACACGUCAGUGCAUACCUGUUUAAACAAAAUGUCUUCAGACAGGCCAUAUACGAUACAUUCAACAGAUUCUGCCUGAAGUAUCCCAACCUGCAUUAGACACGGCAGACUGAAGACCUGCAGCACCAGGACCAGUGGCUGGACAU